ACAGCAGAGGGGAAGCUGGUUGGAAGUGACUCACUGUCGCUGCGCUUUCUGUUCGAUUACAAACCACGUCUAUCUUUUGAGAGAAUGUUUCCCGUACGGAUAUUUGCAAACCAAUAUUAGUAUGAUUCGGUUAACUUUAAUGUUUGGGAUAGUUAAGGUCCUGUUCAGCCCUCGGCUGAAUUUAGUUCCUCCAGUUCUAACUUACGAUCCUUUCGCUUGUCACCCUGUGCCAGCAUCUCUCUCUCCAGGAUCCAGAAAUCAAAGUCAGCCAGGUCACAUUUGGAACAUGGGGGGGUCCGCCAGUCACCUCUCAAAAGAGCAACUUUCUGAAUAUCAGGAACUGACUUUUUUAACAAAGCAAGACAUUCUGCAUGCUUAUCGAAUAUUUGCGGAGCUGCUUUCAAAAGAUCUGGUUGACUUCCAAAACACACGAGUUUCAAAGGACAGAAUCUGUGAGAUGCCAGAACUGAAGGCUAACCCCUUCAGAGAGAGAAUCUGUAUGGUGUUCUCAACUGCAAUUGAAAAGGACGGGAGUAUGUCUUUUGAGGAUUUCUUAGACAUGCUGAGUGCUUUUAGUGAUUCAGCAACUCCUGAGAUCAAGUCACACUAUGCUUUCAGAAUUUUUGAUUUUGAUGAUGAUGGCACCUUAGAUAAGGGGGAUUUGAAGAAAUUGGUGAAUUGUCUAACAGGAGGUACACCUGAUACACAACUGACGGAGGCAGAAAUGAACCAGCUGAUUCAAAAUAUUUUGGAAGAAUCCGAUAUUGAUAAAGAUGGAACCGUGAACCUCUCAGAAUUUCAGCAUGUCAUCUCCAGGUCGCCUGAUUUUGUGAGCUCCUUCAAGAUUGUACUUUAAAAUAAUCGUGGAUCAACAUUCUCCUGAUUCCAGCAACUGACGGCCUUCAAUGCUUUUUCACCCCAAGAUGGGGUACAGAAUUAGAGAGAGAAAGUAGAUCUUUGACAAAUAAUUUAUCUAUCACAGCAUCACUUUCUACAGCUGCAGUUACAGUAUUCAAAGUAAUCAUGUUUCAAAAUGGUUUACACCAGAAAAUGUUUUAUAUUUUGUGACAAUUGUUUCCAAUGACAAACUCAAUAUUUUUAAUGUGCAAUAAAAGUAUUUCUCCAUCCCAA